UCGCGCGGUUGCCGCUCGGAUCUAUUUACUUGACGUACCUAGAGCGCGUUCAGUUGCUCUGCGGAAGCCGCGCGUAUCGGACGGUGACAAUGGAUCGCUUCGACACCGAGCUAUUCAUCGAUGAGGUGGAAAAGAGACCUGCUUUGUGGGACAUCCAAUGUGCAGAAUAUUCCAAUAAAAUUAUUAGAAACGGAGCUUGGCAGGAGCUGGUGGAGAUUUUUGGAGAAAAUGAGGAUUCUUUGGAAAAAAAGGUUCUUUUUGGUGUAACAUUACAAAAAAAGUGGAAGAAUAUACGGGAUGCUUAUAAUAAGGAAUUCAAGAAAGGCAAAUCAAUUCCUUCUGGUUCUGGUGCAUGUAAAGGUUCAAAAUACAUGUAUUUUGACCGGCUUUCUUUUCUUCAGAAGACAGUAGAAAACAAAGAAACGACAUCAAACAUACAUGAAGCCAAAAAUGAAGGAAUUCAAAACAUUGACCAAAACCAAGAUAAUUUUGUUAAUGCACGUGAAAUACAACCAGUACCCAAUAUAUUAGAAAAUAGCAUUGAAUCAAGGGAUAAAAUACAGAGACAAUUACAAGAAAGUAUGUCAAAGCAAGAUGAUGAUGAUAAGCUUUUUUGUAUGUCAUUGUAUAAAGAAUUAAAAAAAGUUCCAGAAAAUAAGCGUUUGGCUACUAAAAUUGAAUUACUCCAGGUAAUACAGAAAGGGCAGAAAUUACCAGCGCCUAUUCAUAUCACGAGCCAGCAGAACACGCCUAAUGAAGUAUUUUGGCAAAACCAACAAUAUUCAAACCCACAAGGAUAUUUUACAGGAUAUUCUACAAUCGUACCAGGAGAGUCUCCAUCGCCUUUAUCAUGCAAUAGCACUGACGACUCACAGUCUUCUAUAGUACAAAACAUAUAUUCUGAUGUAUAAAAUAAAUAUCUUACCUUAAUGUAA